UUGAGGGAUUUGCUAUGGGGAAGGACACAAAUAAACGACACCAGAGUAUAUAGUGUCAUGAAGCAUUACUGUCAGCAGUGGCUUUUACUUUUUUACUUUAUUUUAGAUUGUGUAUGCCUAUAAUAAAAUAGCCCUUUGCAACAAAAUUAUUAACACAGUUUUGAAGAUGUCAGGAUUUCCAUAAUCCAAUUCAUGGUCUGUUAUCUCCAAACCUAUAUACCCCAUUGGCCCAAACCUUCAGUGCGCCGCGUAUGACACUCGCUGACUGUUUUUAAUUGUAGGUGUGUAUCAUAUCCUACAUGGACUCGUAAAUCAUCACCCACACCACAACUGCUACACCAUUGCUAAUACAGUUGCCAGGCCUGAGAUGACUUGAUGUUUUCUCCACCCUGUUGGCAAGAGUUGUACAGCUGGUGGACUGACUCAUACUCUGAACCACAUGUCCUGCUGCAGCAGUGCUGUACCUCCCAGUGCCACAAGCCAGGAGCAGACAUCAAUCAGAUAAUGGCCCUGCAGGAAGAUGUUCCAACACCCCCCUCAACAGCUUAUCUGUCAGGUGUCUGCAACACGAGUUGCACCCCAAAUGGCACCAUAUUCCAUUUAAAGUGCACUACAAUUAACCAGGGCCCAUAGGGAAUAGGCUGCCAUUUGGGACACCUUUGGCAGGAGUAAGCUGAUUGCUGUAAACUGAGCUGAGUUCAAAUGAGCUCCCCUCUCUUGAUCAGAGCAGAGCUGGUAUUUCCUUUGUCCAGACUGAAUGCAAUUGUGACCACCAUUCGCCUGUACUUAACAUUCAACAACAAGGGUGUUAAUUUGUUAAUUUGCAAUCCUACAAAGCAUCUUACAUAUGUUGGUUUAUUUUAAAUGUACACAUUUCUUUGUCUGUAUGAUUUUGUCCAUUCUGGACAUCUGGAUAGAGAAAGCUGAACAAUUGCUUUAUUAUUCUGUUUUUACAAGGUUUAAUUUACCAUCGACACUUUAGUUAUAUUUGAUAUGUGUUUUUCCUGUGUCCCAAUUGUGAAGAAUCUGAAGGGAAGUAUAUCAAUCAGUAGUCAUGAGAUUCUUAGGAACAUUGUGAAACAUUUUGCUUUUUGAGCUUGUGAAUUUGAUGCAAUCUUUCACAAAAUCAUCUGAUACAUGAUUGGGCAAUCCUGCCUUGAAUGAAAGAUGUUUGGAGUAAAGUUGAAGGAAAAUAUGCAUGUAUGUCUUUGUAAAUAUACACGCCCUGGUGAUAAUAGAGAAUCCUUUGUGAGUCUGUCCUAGGUGACUGUCAGAAGGUGUGUGUUUCUCAUCCAUGCAUACAUGUACGUCAGCUAUUACUGUAUGUGGAACAAACUGACACUGUGGAUCCAGACUCCAGCACCUUUCUUUGACAGAAAAUCUCUAUUGUUCACAGUCUGUAAAUGCCCUGUGCUGUAACCUACAGUAUAUAACUCACUACUGAUAUUGAAGUGUUUGCUUAGUUUUAUCGUCAACAAAAAAUACAAUUUCUUUCUUUUGUCUUAUUCAGGAUUCUAUUACUCCCUAAAGGAUUCUAGAUCUUCUGUUUUUCGAUUUACAGAUGAGUGCAGCAUUUUACUUCUGCUCCACAUCACUCCCUCAUUCUGAGUCAGACAAGAUAUUUAUAGACCUCUGUACCCCAGAGAGCUCUGACUGGCCAAGUCCCCAUGCAUAAUACAUAACGACAGACAAUUUACAUUGAUCCCUGUGUCUUAGCGGCAUGUUUUUUAUUGGCAAUUGUGAGAUAUAUAUCACAUUCAUAUAAUCCACUUCAUCAUGCCCUUAUAAAAUGCCUGCAGAAGUGAUUGACUGCAGAACCAUAAUUAUAUGCUUUGAUGUGGGACAAUUAUCUCUGAAGUAUACGGACCAUUAUUUGUGGUAAAGAAAUUAUUACAAAAGUGACAUUGUGUCACAAACGAAGUAGAUAGGUCAAUUGUGGAAGAGCUGUCAUUUAUACAGAGCAUUCCAUUAUCUGCUUGUCACAAAAGAUUACAACAUCAUCUCCCACAAAUGUGUCAGUUUUAUGAAUAUAUUAAUAUAUCCUUGUGAUGAGCAUGUGUGUGGGAUGUGGCUUUGAUGGGUCUGAGUGAGAGUCCAUUCCUAGCUCUUAUCCUUUCGUUGAGAGACAGUGUAACCAAUGCUUUAUAACAAUGAGAGGGUCACCAGUGGAGAGUUUUUUCUUUUAAAAAGUGUUUAUGAGUGCAUCACUAAUGGUGUAAGAGGACACGGCUAUGAAAUAUGUCUUUGGAUUACUUCCUUACUUGUAUUGCUCAUACAAAUUAAUAAUGGAGGCGGUUAGGUGCGUGAUAGCCUAACCUUGCCUAAAACCGAGACCUAGGGUUUAGCUCAGCAGGCUAAUACAUUCUUGUCAAAUUGGUGGCGUGACCCAGAUUUGGUCAGUGAUUCCUAUAAACUGGGGUUAUUGCGGAGAAGGUGAUAACCUUGCCUGAGACUUGAUAACAGGUAACGUUAACCUAAUACCUAGGCUUAGCUCAAGGUAUAACCGUAUAGUGGAAUGCAGAGUAGAAGACUUGUAAAAAAUCGAUUAGGCAGAAGUUGGAUUUUCAGUCGUAACCAAAUUAACAAUCAUGAUCUAUUCCAUUCUAUUCAUAUUCUACCGGUAAUUCUACAAGCGGAACCUUUCAUUUGUAGGGUUGUUGGCGGGAUUACUUAUAUUGAGACAGGAUGUGGUGUAACCAAGGUAGAAGUGUUUUCGUUUCCAUAGAAACGAUGGGCGUUGCCAGCGAAGUUAGUGCUGUGUCAGUGACACGAUGAGCCAUUUUUACAUUGUAGCAUCAGUUCACAACAAUACAUUUUAAAAUAAUUAGCAUUGACGUUAAACAACAAAACUGGUUCGUUAGCCACAUUAUAGCAAGCUGACUAGCAACGUUGUAACACUAGCAAAAAUGCGGCCACAAAGACAGCAGACCAACAACAAUACAGCCAUUACAGGAAGGUGUCUUUCUCCCACGGUCAACAGCUAUAAACUGCACUUUACAGCAGUGAACUCUCAAAUACCAGAGAGAAAUGUUCAGAGACCACUGGACGUCCGAUGGUCUAAAGACUUUACAAACGGGAUAAACAUGGACAACAUGAAAAUGAAACCACCAAGACAAGACAGCAGGCUUAAUGCAGACAGUGGCGGCGGCAGGCCUCUCCACACCCCUGUGCUGGCGUUUGUCAGUGAGUUUAUGGGCCCUGGGCGUCCCCUCCUACCCCCUGCUGCUGCUCUACCCAGUGGGCUGGCUGGUGACCUGGGGCCACAGCCACACAGAGUGAAGCCUAGGAGAGCAACAAACAGUGCAGGGGCCAUCAACUCCCACAGUACCUCACCCCUCACCCUGCCAACUGGACCAGGUGAUGCCAUAUCAUUGAGUGAGAAUUCUCCCUCUAGUUUUCCAAUUGCCUUUCGUUCCCGUGAUGACAGUGCUUUGAGUCCUGAGCGACUAGAUUUGGACAGGCGUUGUCUGGAGGAGUGUCCCCUGCUGGAGGGCAUGGGUAGGCUGCGGCUGCUUAACUUUCAGCACAACCUCAUCACGCACAUCCACAAUCUGUCUCAUCUGCGGCACCUGGCCUUCCUAGACCUGUAUGACAACCACAUCUCCCAGAUGUCUGGCAUCUCAGCCCUGGCCUCUCUCAGAGUGCUUAUGCUGGGCAAUAAUAGAAUCCAGAGGAUAUGCAGUCUGGAUAACCUGACUAAACUAGAUGUUCUGGACUUGCAUGGCAAUCAGAUCUCCCAGAUAGAGAACCUUUCCCACCUGUCUGAGCUGCGCGUGUUGAACCUGGCAGGGAACUGCAUCUCCAGGGUGGACAACCUGCAGGGCCUGGACUCACUGACCGAGAUCAACCUGAGACGCAACUGCAUCUCCACUGUGACAGAGGUGGACCAGCUGCCCUGCCUCCAGCGCCUCUUUCUCAGCUGCAACAGCAUCACCAGUUUUGAUGAGCUAGCCUGCCUGGGAGAGUCGUGCUCCCUGUAUGAGCUCACCCUGGAUGGGAACCCAGUAGCCCUGGAGACAUGGUACAAGCAGGCCGCCUUGCGCUGUGUGCUUCAACUCAGACAGCUGGACAUGAAACGUGUCACGGAGGAGGAGAGACGUAUGGCCUGCGUCACGGCCCGGAAGGAGGAUGAGAAGAAGAGGGAGAGUUACAAGCAGGCCAUGCACAAGAGUCCUGCUCAUGUUGUGCCUCAGCAGUUCUACACUCAACUUGGGCUCAAGUCUCAGGACUCCUCAGUGACAAGCAAGGAGAAGCGGCGUCUGGCCAUCCGUAAUGCAGCACUGCAGUGGGAGGGGGUCAGGGCCUGCCUGGAGCUUCCGGCUCAGAAUGGAGCCAAGGAGGAAAUCAGCCCUGAGGCAAGCCCCGCCCACAGCCCAGCCCAGACCAAUGGCCUUGCACUGGAACCUUCUCCAGAUGAGCAGCUCAGACGGGUGAGUCCGGUGUCGGCUCUGGACAGGCCAACAGGGGGCAGUGAGACCCGGAUACGCUCCACCAGUCGCCCCAACAGUCCUCGAGACCCCAAGCUCCUGGAGGCAGGGGGUGUCAACCUGCAGAGCCUCUCCCUGUCAGACAGCCACCUGGCGGAGUUGGAUGGGGAAACCCUGCGCCUGUUCGGCCUCGGAGCACUGGAGGCCCUGGAGAGAGGCUGGGGGGUCCAGACUGCAGGAGCCGUCACUGUCAUAGCCUUCCGCUACAUCCACUUUGAUGCGAUCGUGCCAGCACUGCCACGCAUAAGGGUCAAGUUCCCCAACCUAUCUCAUCUGAUUUUCCUGGAAACCAACGUCAGCCGUCUUCCCCAGCUGGCUGCUCUAGCCCAGGUGAGACGUCUGGACCAGCUGACCAUCCACCCAGAGGGGAACCCUGUAGUCAGCCUUUCCCUGUGGAGAUCCUUCCUCAUCUACCGCCUGCACCACUUCAACCUGCACAAGAUCAACAACCUGGAGGUGACCAUGAAUGACAUGAUCUCUGCAGAGCGUCUGUUUGGGACGCUGGGUCAUAUCGCUGCCACCGAGACACCACGCUGCCGCCUGCUAGUACUGCUGGAGGAGUCCAGGAAGCGUCAGCUGCAGUUUCUGUUGGAGGGGCGUGGGCGCCGUGCAGGCUUGAGCCCAGAGGAGCUGCGUGACAACGGCAAGCUGCUGGGAGAGGGCCUGAGCAGAGCCCUGUUCAACUACCCCAGUAGAGACUGCUGCAGUGUGGGAGCGGAGAGCCCAGAGGAGGGUGCUAUGGAGUCGUCAUCGGAGCGCCACGCCGUGAUGGAACAGUACAUACAGGCUCAGGUCCAGAGGGCAUCUGACACCAAUCUGAAGAGGGAGUCCCUCCACAAACUGUGGCCCUCCAUGUUCAUGGAGAUGGUGAGAGACUGUGUGCUGGAGAUGAGGGACCGACCGGCCUUCCGUCAGGCCUGCCUCAACAGGCUCUCCACACAGGGAAAGUGACAGGGUGAGGGGUAGAGACCUGGUAAAACUCCAUAAGACAUACAGUACAGCAAACUGGACACAUACUGGAAACAGGUACAGCAUACUGGACACAUACUAGAAACAGGUACAGCAUACUGGACAUAUACUGGAAACAGGUGCAGCAUACUGGACACAUACUGGAAACAUGUACAGCAUACUGGACACACUAGAAAGAGGUACAGCAUACUGUACACAUACAUACUGGAAAGAGGAUACUGGACACCUACUGGAAACAGGUACAACAUACUGGACCUACUGGAAACAGGUAUAGCAUACUGGACCACUUCUUCUACUACAGCAUAUUGGACACUCUCAUGCUGCUCUGUCUCAUCACAUUAACUCGUCUUCAUCAUCACGUGGUGUCAGACAGUCAAGUUUUGGGGAAUUUGGGGGUUCGAUUAUUUUCAUAACUGGAAAAACGUAUUCAGAUCGAAGAUGGAUGUGAAUUUUUCUUGUAAAGGCAAUUUGGGGGGGGGGUUCUCACCAACUGGGCCUCAUAAGCUUGAAUUCACAUUAUCAUGGAAAAUACAAUAUUGAUGUUUGUUCUAUACUCUGUUUUUCCUAUUCAACUUGAUUCCAGGAUGCACGGAGCUAUAGAGCUAUAUACUUGAGAAAGUCAUUGUGAGCGUGCAUAUUGUCAUUUCUAAAGAGGAACACUCUUUGCACUUUAAAGCCUUCAUAAAGACCCUGUUCACGAUCUCCAGCUGAAGAUUACAAUGAGUGUGUCUCAUUGAGCCUAGAAUGAUUGUGUCAUGAUAAUCCUCUUCUUAAUGUUACUCUCUCUCUCUCUGCCUGGCGUGAUGACAAGGGCACAAAAUACAUGUUUUCUUUUCGGACCACUAAUUUUCUGUAUUGUACUUAGUAAUAAAAUAUUCCCUAACACUUAA